CUGUUUCCGUGGGUGUAACCUUUGAACCAACUGAAUUUAAGAAGCACUCCAGACUAACCUGGGAUGUGAUUCAGAUAGAGAAAGAGACAGGAGCAGACAUGAGUUUGACAGAGAAAGACAAGUCUGCGGUCAAGGCUCUCUGGGCCAAGAUCUCCAAGUCAGCAGAUGCUAUUGGAGCGGAUGCUCUGGGCAGGAUGCUCGAGGUUUAUCCCCAAACUAAGACCUACUUUUCCCACUGGCCAGAUAUUCGCUAUGGCUCUGCCCCCGUGAAGAAACACGGGAAAAACGUGAUGGGGGGAGUCGCUCUGGCUGUGUCAAAGAUUGAUGACCUGACCAACGGCUUGUUGGAUCUCAGUGAGAAGCAUGCCUUCCAAUUGAGGGUCGACCCGGCCAACUUUAAGCUCCUCGGCCAUUGCGUUCAGUUGGUGAUCGCCUCUAUGUUCCCCAAGGACUUCACCCCAGAGGCUCACGUCGCCUUCGACAAAUUCCUGGCAGCUCUGGCCCUGGCUCUGUCUGAGAAAUAUCGCUAA